AGUAUAGAGGGAGACUUAACUGCACAACAAAACGAAUCACUCUGAAAGUAUAGUCUCGGUAAAAGUACUGAGUUCAAACGUCGUAGCCAUACUGACUGGUGGCUCGUGAAGCAAACGGUUUAACCAUAAUUAUUGUAUGAACAAAAAACCGCAGACUUCUCUAGUGAAUCGAAUCUUUUUGUCGUCUUGAAUGCGUUUCGCUCGACUCUAGGAUAGUCUCAUUGUGUUUUUAGUUUAAUUAUAUAUUUUUUAUAAUAAUAAUUAACAUUUUCUGCUUUUUAAAAGCUAUUUAUGAAAAUGAAAGAUCGACUGGAGCAGCUCAAAACGGCAUAUGACGCAGAUGAUAUGGAGCUAGGUGUGGACAAUGCAGCAUUCAUGGAUGAGUUCUUCUGCCAGAUUGAAGAGAUCAGGACCACUAUUGAUAAAAUAGAUGAGAAUGUGGUGGAAGUUAAGAAGUUCUACUCCAUCAUCCUCUCUGCCCCCACAUCAGACCAAAAAGCACAAGAUGAUUUGGAUGCCUUGACCAUUGACAUCAAGAAACUGGCAAACAAUGCUCGCAACAAACUAAAAUGUAUCGAGCAAAAUUUGGAGACGACUGAGGAAAGAACAUCUGCUGACAUGCGGAUACGUAACUCUCAGCAUAUUGUUCUGUCCCGGAAGUUUGUGGAUGUGAUGACCAAGUACAAUGAGGCACAGGUGGACUUCAGGGAGAGGAGUAAAGGUCGCAUCCAGAGACAGCUGGAAAUCACGGGUAAAGUCACCACUGAUGAGGAGCUGGAGGAGAUGCUGGAGAGUGGGAAUGCUGCUGUCUUCACUGCUGGGAUUGUAGACUCUGGCAUCUCCAAGCAGGCACUGAGUGAGAUCGAGUCUCGACACAAAGACAUUGUGCGGCUGGAGAGCAGCAUUAAAGAGCUGCACGACAUGUUCAUGGACAUUGCCAUGCUGGUGGAAAACCAGGGUGAUAUAGUGGACAAUAUAGAGUCGCAGGUAUCUAAAACUGUGGAUCACAUAGCGGUAGCCAAGACGGAGACCAAAAAGGCCGUCAGGUACCAGAGCAAAGCACGCAAGAAAGUGGUGAUUAUAGUGAUUGCCGUUGUGGUGCUCCUUGCACUCUUGGCCCUGAUAAUCGGACUAUCAGUGGGACUCGAUCGGUGAGGGGAGAUGGGAGGAUUUGCGUAAAACCAUAGAAAAGGAAAACAAUAAUAGUGGGUUUGGCUUGUGUCAUUCUCACUGUGGUCCUCGCUAUCAUUCUGUCCCAGACUGUUUGAGAAGACGAGCAGCGCACUCCCCACCAAAACGCCUUUCCUCACGAACAGCAAACCCAACCCCCAACGCCUUAUCUCCAACGUCUCUCUAUCCUGCUCAAUAUGUCCAUACCCAUCAGCUGGUGAGAAGGAUAGCCCAUCCUCCUGGAAGCCCAUUGUACUGCCCAAGAGCCAGCGAAUCAAAGAAGCUGGAGUGGACAGAUUCCAUGAAGAUUAACUAUGAAGAGACGAAACACGUGCACACACACUCCUGCCAUGGCUCUCAGAAGUAAAUUCAAUACUCACACUCCAAAGGCUGUGUGUCCUUUUCUACUGAGACAUCAGCCAAUCACAAGGCUGUGUCUCCCUUUCUGUUGAGACAGCAUCCAAUCACAAGGAUGUGUGUCCAUUUCUACUGAGACAGCAGCCAAUCACAAGGCUGUGUCACCCUUUCUGUUGAGACAGCAGCCAAUUACAAGGCUGUGUCUCCCUUUCUACUCAGAAAGCAGCCAAUCAUGACUGAAUAUAAGACUAGCUGCUCAGUGGGGGAAAAUGGCUCUAAUUUUAAAUUAGAUUAAUAAUUAUAAACAGAAUCAUUCUGUGAGCAGGAUUGACAGUUUUCCGGGUGUGGAUUACUUGAUGGCGCACAAAUUGCAUCUCUGUUUUUAUGAAUGCCAAGGAAUUCAAAGAAUGAAUUAAUUAUAGUAUUUUAUUUGGAAAAGGAGAUAGAUUUAGCUUGGCCCUAAUCUGUGGAUGAGAUGCACAGUUCCAGAACACUCUCAACGUGUUCCACACCACCUGUUAGCCAUUGAAGUGCUCUCCAGUUCGAAUGUAUGCUUAUGUAUCAUAUGUAUGGUUGUAAGUUCCAGGAAAAUUGUUUGAGAAAUUUUAAGAAUUUUUAGGUCAUUUGGGGAAUCAUACUGUAAUCGUAAUUGACUGUAAUAUAUUUAUUUUGUUUCUGACCUGUUUUAGGAGUCACUGAAAGUAUGACACGUGAGCUGAACAAAAUUCACCAUAAAUUUAUCGAAGUUUU